GUUUUUUUUUUUCCUUCUGGCUGACAGCUCAGCUGACCGGCCGCUGUCAGAAGAGCUGAGCCGUCAUGUCGCUGCAGUUCACAGAUGAGGAGUUUCAGAGCGCCUGGAAGGAGCUGGACGCUCCGCAGCUGGACGGAGGCUGGGAGCUCUUCACCGAGACCAUGGGGGUCCAGAUCCACCGGCUCUACGAUAAGGAAACUGGACUUUAUGAGUACAAAGUCUUCGGUGGGCUCGGCAGCUGCAACCCAGAGCUCUGCGCAGACGUCUACAUGGACUUGAUGUAUCGGAAACAUUGGGACGGAUAUGUUAAAGAGCUCUAUGAGAAGGACUUUGGUGGACAAACGGCGAUCUACUGGGAAGUGAAGUACCCGUUUCCUCUGUCAAACAGAGAUUAUGUGUAUGUAAGGGAGCGAAGAGACCUGGACAUCGAUGGGAGAAAGAUCUGGGUGAUUCUGGCCAGAAGCUCACCACAGACGGCCUGUGCAGAGAAGAAAGGUGUGCUGAGAGUCAACGACUACAAGCAGAGCGUCGCCCUGGAGAGCGAUGGAGCCAGUGGCACUAAAGUGUUCAUGAACUACUUCGACAACCCUGGUGGAAUGAUUCCUACCUGGCUGGUGAACUGGGCAGCUAAGAGCGGCGUCCCAGGCUUCAUUAAGGAUUUGCAGACGGCCUGUAGCAAUUACAAAACGUACUGCGAGAGGAAAUGAGUGCAGCUGAGUGGGGACGGCGGCCCAAUCUGGAGAGAUUUAAUGAGUUUACUUGCAGCUUUGGGUUCUUUGGGUUCUGGGUGACUUCGGCCGGUCGUCCCGUUUUAUUGGUCGGGCAAAAGGUGAAUCGAUUGUAUCCUGAUGUGCUGUGUUUACCGUGUGAACAAUCACGCACUCCUCUCUCUUUGGCAUGCAGGAACCUUCAGAUGAUUUUUCAUUUUAAUCCAUGUAGACUUGAAGAUGUGACUCAUUCCGUUUGGCUGGAUUUGCUGAGGCAAUCUCCCCUCUGCCUGUUGACCUUUUGUGUUGAGAUUGAAUGUCUUUUAACCUCGACUCCGUUGGGAUCUUUUGCUGUUUCAAAUCACUGGGAUUUGAUUAUUUCUGCAAGGAGGUGAAUUUUCUAAAAACUUUCACAGGUGCAGAACUUUUGCAGUGCAGCUCAUGGCUUCUUUAUGAUCUGAGAUAUUGGAUUGUUUUAAGGUGAACACCUGUACCUCAGUGUCAUUUUCUUCUGCAGCUGUAUUCAUAAAAAUAAAUUCAGUUUUAAUUAU